AUGUCCUGCGGCAAUGUCUCUCCAUCUCUCACUCUGCCUGAAGCUGCUAUCUGGUCUGGUACUGAACCUGGUCAUCAUCAGGGAGCUAACAAGCCCGACCAUUCGUUAUCCCUCGCUGUCAACACCUGGGAGAAAGAUCCAAAUCUCAAAAUAUGGACUAAAUCACUCACAGAAUCGCUUUUCAAUCCGGUCGAAUUAGCUACCUCAAACGAGAAACAUAGGGAGGCGAUCUACGCUACGUCCCUUGAAGCCCAUGUGGAAAAAUUACAUGCUCAGUGCCUCAGACUUAACAAUUGGCCCGUAUCCCCCGAGGCCUUAGCUCUAUUAAAGGGACAACAUCGAACAAUAACCAUGGAGAAAAUUGUGAAGUUGCAGUUCGAGAUUUCACAUGCAAAAGCCAGACUUGCGGAAUUACAAUCAGCUGGUUCAGGAAAUAGACUAGCAUUUUCUUCAACUAGGAGUGCACCCCUUCCUCGAGUGAUUCUUCUCUAUACCACCUCUGUCCCGUACAAUGAACUCCGUCAGAAACUUUCUAUACACGAAAAUCUCCCUUCCAAAGUUCGACAUAACCCUUACAAUCAUGCCAAACAGGCUCGCGGGAAGGAUAAUUCUCCUCGACUGAUUCUUCGAAGCAGAAUUUCAUCUACACCUCCUGAUCCUGUGUCAAUCACUCCCAUCAUUAUUCCUCCUCCUCACAGCAGCAUGACGGUAGGAAAUGCUGGAUGGGAUGUCUCAACAAUGAAAGCUUACAGGAAAAUCGCAAGAGAGGCGGUCAAAUUGCAUCUUGACAUCCAAAAACCACUUGGUGAUCAGAGUCCCGAAGCUCACGAGAAAGCUCGAUUUAUGAUUGAGGAAAUCUUUACCGAGCUUAAGGUUCAUGAGGCCCAUUGGGGGACCGAUACACUGCUUCGGGACCAACUCAAAAGUGUAAAGGACACGGAAAAGAAGAAGAAGUGA